GCCUUUGUUCAGCUUGUAGCAUCGCAGAGAUCCAGUGUGGCUGGCAGCAGGCAGAGGGGGGGAAUCGGCACAAUCUGGGAUCUAUCUGGGAAAAAGGGCUGUCGGUGAGCAAACCGGCUCCAAUCCCCGGCGGAACCUCGACCAACACCCCGCGGAGACUUCUGCUGCGUCUCCCCGCGGCUGGCUGCGCCUUUUCCUCCCAGGAAUCUCCUUGGGAUCUGGAUCCGCUCAGGUGACUGAACCGGCGCUCCUGAGCUGUGCUGAGCCGUUUGCAGACCAAAGAUGGAUCAGCUAUCAGACGAGGAGGUGGAGGUGAGGGGGGAGGAGGAUGAGGAAGAGGAGGACAGCGAUAAGGAGGACCAGGACCUGGAUAAAAUGUUUGGAGCCUGGCUGGGAGAGCUGGACAAGCUCACACAAAGUUUGGAUGAUGGCCGUUCAGAAUGCCCCCCGCAGCAGAAAGCCCCCCUCAGGCAGGAGACCAACAUGGCAAACUUCUCCUACAGAUUCUCCAUCUACAACAUCAACGAGGCCCUGAAUCAGGGGGAGAAUGUUGACCUGAACGCCCUCAUGGCYGACCUGUCCUCCAUUGAGCAGGAGCUCAGCACCAUCAACACCAAGUCCAGCAGCAGCAGCAGCAUGGCCCGGCUGGGACUCACAGACACCAAGGUGCGGCAGAAGCCUCCUGCUGGGCGCAGCAGCAGACAGCAGUCAGCAGGCGGCGGCAGCAGCGUUGGGAACAGCAUGUCGGGCGGGGGGGGCAGCAGCGGGGCGAGCAGCAGCAGCAGCAGCACCAGAGCAUCUCCGGCCGGCACCAUCAGAUCGCCGAGCGGGCAGCAGGGCCGACCGCCGCUGGCCUCCAACUUCAGCCUGGACGACAUCACGGCUCAGCUGGAGAAGGCGUCUCUCAGCAUGGAUGAAGCUGCACGGCAGACCUCCUCCCACUCUCUGAGCUCCGCCUCCUCCUACACAUCAGCCUCGGUGCGACGGCCAGGGGAAACCUCUCUGAUUCUGAGAAACAUUGCAGGAAAGCCCCCCCACCUGCUGACCAAGGUGACUCUCUUCAUUCACUUCUGA